AUGCAAUGUUCCUGGAAGGCUGUGAUUCUGCUAGCCUUACUGUCCAUAGCGAUCCAGUACACAGCCAUCAGGACGUUCACAGCCAAGCCAUUCCAAAUGUGUCCAGUGACAGUCUCAAACCCUCUGAACUGCGGCAUGCUGUGGCAGGACGCGGUGGACUCGUCCUUUGACCAGCGGAUCUGUGACGACCUCCUUUACUUCACCUCCAACGUCUCCAGGAAGACCCACGUUCUCAUUCUGGCCACGACCCGCAGCGGCAGCUCCUUCGUGGGUCAGCUGUUCAACCAGCACCAGGAUGUGUUUUAUCUGUUUGAGCCGCUCUACCAUGUCCAGACCACCCUGCUCCCCCGCCUGUCCCACAGCAGGACGGCAGGCGACACUAGGGUGAUGCUGGGGGCCAGCAGGGACUUGCUCCGGAGCCUCUACGACUGUGACCUUUACUUCCUGGAGAGCUACAUCAAACCCCAGCCGGCCAAUCACAGCACAGAUAAGCUGUUCCGGAGGGGAGCAAGUAAGGCUCUGUGCUCCCUGCCCGUCUGCGACGCCUUUAGUCCUGGAGAGUUGAACAUCGAUGAAGGAGAGUGCGUCAGGAGGUGUGGCGGCCUCAACAUGACGCUGGCGUCGGACGCCUGCCGGGAGCGGCGCCAUGUGGCCAUCAAGACGGUGAGGAUACCGGAGGUGAGUGACCUCAGGGCUCUGGUGGAGGACCCUAGGCUCAACCUCAAGGUGAUCCAGCUGGUCAGGGACCCCCGAGGGAUCCUGGCCUCCCGCAUCGAGACCUUCAGGGACACCUAUAGACUCUGGAGGAUCUGGAGGGCCACUGGGAGGAGGCCCUACAACCUGGACCUCACCCAGCUCACCAUGGUCUGUCAGGACUUCCUGGGCUCUGUGAUCACGGGCCUCAGCAGGCCCCCCUGGCUCAAAGGGAGGUACAUGUUGGUUAGGUAUGAGGACCUGGCCAGGAACCCUCUCCAGAAGACCAAGGAGAUCUAUGAAUACCUGGGUCUGAUCAUGGACAAGAACGUAGGCGACUGGAUCCAGAACAACACCAGGGGAAGCAACGAUCUGUCCGCCAAGCAUAAAUACGGCACUGUUCGGGACUCAGCUGCCAAUGCGGAAAGCUGGAGGCUCAAAUUGUCUUAUGACAUGGUUGAUUACACACAGACUGUGUGUCAGCAAGUUCUACAGGAGCUUGGUUAUAAGACUGUCAGUUCCCCCGAGGAGCUGAAAAAUCUGUCUCUGACUCUCAUCGAGGACAAAACUUUUUUACCUUUUUUGUAG